CUCUCUCCAAAUUAAGCAAAAAUGGAUGAAGCCACAUUCUCGGAAGCAGAAAGCAACGUCAAGCGUGCCAAUCACGUUUCGUUUAGCGGCCCGUUGGUCGUCACAGGCAGUAAGAAGCUAAAAAGCAGGAGCGUACGAACGGAGAAUAACGACGAUUCUUAUGAUGUCGAGAUAGCGUUACACGAUGUUAAGGAUGACGAGGUGUCGAUGAUUCGGGGCGUCACAACAACUUCCGAGCAAAAUUUAUCGGCCGAUAAAACUCCUAAUUCUCUCGCCUCAAAGCUCUCGUUUCGCAUGAGGCAAGUCUCGCGCGAACUAACUCGAAUGGCCUCUUUGAAGAGCUCUAGUAACUACAAGCUCGAUCGAAGCCACUCCGCAGGCACGGUGCAUGCGCUCAAAGGCCUUCGUUUUAUGAACAAGAAUAUCGGAAGCGAAGGAUGGUCCGACAUUCAAAAGCGCUUCAAAGAACUUUCCGCCGGUGGGGUUCUUCACAAAUCGCUAUUCGGCCAAUGCAUAGGAAUGAAAGAAUCGAGCGAGUUUGCAGAUAAGUUGUUCGAGGCGCUAGCACGAAAGAGAUGCAUCGUCUCGGAUUCAAUCACCGAGGGAGAGCUCUAUCAGUUUUGGGAGCAGAUUACAGAUGCCAGUUUUGAUGCCAGGCUGGAAACUUUCUUUGACAUGGUAGACAAGGAUGCUGAUGGGAGAAUUAUGGAAGAUGAAGUGAAAGAGAUCAUCACACUUAGUGCUGCUGCAAAUAACCUCUCAAAAAUCCAAGACCAUGCAGAUGAAUAUGCAGCUCUCAUCAUGGAAGAGCUCGAUCCCGAUAACCGUGGUUACAUUGAGUUGCAAAACUUGGAGACACUACUUGUGCAAGCCCCUAAUUACUCUUCGAACCCGACGACGGAAAACAGAGUUCUAAGCCAAAUGCUAAGCCAGAAGCUGAAGCUCACAAAAGAGUUUAAUCCGAUAAAAAGAUGGUUUCGAAAGAAGGCAUAUUUUGUGGAGGAUAAUUGGAAGAGGAUUUGGGUGAUGGUAGUGUGGUUAGCAAUUUGUGGAGGGUUGUUCACUUGGAAAUUUAUCCAAUACAAACAAAAGGCUGUGUUUCAUGUUAUGGGAUAUUGCGUCUGCACGGCUAAAGGCGGAGCCGAAACGCUUAAGUUCAAUAUGGCCUUAAUACUAUUGCCGGUUUGCAGAAAUACGAUGACGUGGCUUAGGAGUCGGACAAAGCUUGGCUCGGUUGUUCCGUUCGAUGACAAUAUUAAUUUUCACAAGGUAAUAGCUCUUGGUAUAACAAUUGGGACAGGGCUACAUGUAAUUUCACAUUUGACAUGUGAUUUCCCUCGACUAUUACACGCCACCGAUGCAGAAUACGAGCCGAUGAAGCCGUUGUUCGGAGAAGAAAGGCCGAAUAACUAUUGGUGGUUUGUAAAAGGCACGGAAGGAUGGACCGGAGUCGUAAUGUUGGUGCUUAUGGCAAUAGCAUUCACAUUAGCUCAACCGUGGUUCCGUAGGAACAGGAUCAACUUACCUACAACCAUAAAAAAUCUAACGGGAUUCAACGCGUUUUGGUAUUCUCACCACUUGUUUGUGCUAGUCUACAUUCUCUUCAUCGUUCAUGGCUAUUUCCUCUACAUCACCAAGACAUGGUACAAGAAAACGACAUGGAUGUAUCUUGCUGUCCCGAUGAUAUUAUACGCCUCCGAGCGACUAAUUCGCGCUUUUAGGUCGGGCCACAAGACUGUUCAGAUUUUGAAGGUGUCUGUAUAUCCUGGAAAUGUAAUGUCCUUGCACAUGUCCAAACCUCAAGGAUUUAAAUAUACAAGUGGGCAGUAUAUAUUUGUCAAUUGUCCCGAAGUUUCUCCGUUUCAAUGGCAUCCUUUCUCGAUUACAUCAGCUCCAGGAGACGAUUAUCUUAGCAUCCACAUUCGGACUAGGGGCGAUUGGACGUCUCAACUCAAGGCGAUCUUCUCAAAGGUAUGUCACACUCCCGAUAAUGGCCAAAGCGGUCUCCUACGAGCCGACAUCGGACCGAUUAGUUCGAACAAAUUAAGGUUGCCAAAGCUCUUGAUCGACGGUCCAUACGGCGCGCCAGCCCAAGAUUACAAAAAGUACGAUAUCGUCCUCCUCAUAGGCUUGGGAAUCGGCGCCACCCCUUUGAUCAGCAUUGUGAAAGAUGUGCUCAACAACAUCAAACAACAAAAGGACAUAGAAAAGGGGUCGCCUUUAUUAGAAAAUAAUAUCAAGAGCGAUAAGAAAAAGACUAGUAAUUUCGCAACGAGGCGCGCGUACUUCUAUUGGGUGACUCGAGAGCAAGGCUCGUUCGAGUGGUUUAGAGGGGUGAUGAACGAGGUAGCUGAAAACGACCACGACAGUGUGAUCGAGCUUCACAACCAUUGCACGAGUGUGUACGAAGAAGGAGACGCUCGGUCGGCACUCAUUGCAAUGUUGCAGUCUCUCGAGCACGCUAAAACGGGAUUGGAUAUAGUGUCCGGGACAAGGGUUAAGACGCAUUUUGCGAGACCCGAUUGGCGUCGGGUUUUCAAGAAUGUGGCUGUUAACCAUGCUGGUCAAAGAGUUGGAGUGUUCUAUUGUGGUCCACCUACGCUUGUUGGGGAGCUUAGACGGCUAGCUCAUGACUUCUCUAGGAAAACAAGCACAAAGUUUGAUUUCCAUAAAGAAAAUUUCUAAGGGGUUCUUUUAUAUAUUAAAGUUUAAAUUCUUUGCUAGAAUUGUAAUAUUCAUGUUUUUUCCUCUCUCUCUUCCUUAAUUAUUCUUGUGUUUCUUAUUAGUAUGGGUGAUCACAUCUUUGUUAAAUUGAAGUUCUUGUAAUGUCAAUCUUAUUUGAUAGUUGAUUAUCUUAUUUGCAUCCAAGAAAAAGUAUAGAUCGCGGCUGCAAUGCUAACUCUUGCAAGAUCAAAUUAAUCUUUUGAAUAUACAAAUACUAUAAUAUUCUUACUUAUUAAAAAAUAAAAUAAAAAUUGAUACAAUACCGAAAAAAAAAACCACAAGACUAAAUUUUCAUUUUCUUCAUCUUCCAAAAACCAAAAAAAAAACAUUUAUCCUUCAUCUUCCAUAAAUCCACAAAAUCUCAAUAUUUAAAAUCCGAAAAACUCAACAAACCUUAGAAAGAUAGGCAAGUAUGGAGUCAAAAGACAUCAAAAUAGAAGAUUUUAUGGUGGAAGAACCUACAUAGGUAUGUGAUGAUGCUAGAGUUAGAUCAUCUUAGAGAGUCGAAGCAGGAUGAGCUGAAAGAGCAUAGUGGAUCAUUGGCUCACGAGCUUGAUGACCUUGAGAUACCUGCGAUCAUAGAACACGUAAACUAAGCCGGGGGUUGAUCCGGCGG